AUGGUGCUAACGGUGUUUAAUAUGGUGUUAUCGAUAUUUGAUAUGGUACACAAUAUCCAGGAUCGUUACUGCAGAUUCGAAGACAUGGGUCGGUGGAAGGUACCCAUGGAACACAUCAACAACAACAAGAAACGCAAUCUCACAUUCCAAACAAGAAAAAAUGGCGUCAUCAAGAAAGCCCUCGAACUCUCAACCCUCUGUGACGUGAAUGUAUCCAUGAUCAUCCGUACUGAUCAUCAAGAACCAGAGAUCUUCCCUCCUGACCCUCAUAAAUUCACCAGUCUGAUGGAACUUUACAAACGAAAUCGCAUGAUGGAUGCAGGGAAAAUUCGGUAUUAUACUUUAGCAGAUUUCUUUAAAGAGAAGACGAUGAAGGUUGAAGAAGAACUCGCUAUGGCCAAGAAGAAGAACUUGGAAGCCAAAUACCCUACGUGGUUUGAUUUCCUAAACAACUAUAAGGAAGUGGAAUUACGAGAACUUGCAUUAAAGUUGGAGAGUAAAAUCAAUGAUGUUAAAAACAAAGUUGAAUCGCUCAAGGACAUCUCCAAGAGUCAUAAUAAAGACAAUUACACAAUCUACCCUACUACUACUACUACUACCGAGGUUAAUGCCGACAGUUCUUCCAUGAUGCCAUCUUCAAACCUUUGCGGAGGGGAUUACGAUGACCUUAGCCUUGACCAUGAAGAGCCCAUAGGUGAUGAAAAUAAUGACUGCUACCCUCAGGAGAACUUCACUCUUCCACCUUAUUUUUCACCAGAGAAACUAGAGCGACAUGAGCCAACAUCGGGUGAUGAACAGAAUAAGUUGAUCAUGCAAGCAUCAAACCCAUAUUCCAUGAUGAAGCUGCCAUCAAGUGACGAUUGGAACUACUACUACAAACAGAAUCAAGAACAUAACCGAAUCUACCCAACUACUGUUCCUAAUAUUCAGAUUUCUUCAAUCAUGCCACCUUUAAACCAUUGUCCGAGGGCUGAAGAGCUUGGUUUUAACACUAUAGAGCCAUUGUCUGAUCAAUAUAACGGCAACUACCAUCAUGAGAACUUGAGUGUUCAACCUACCUUUUCACCAGAAUCACUCAUGCCACCUAUCAACCAUUGUCCGAGGGAUGACGAUGAGCUUGGCUUUGACCCUGCACAACUAUUGAAUGAGCUUGGAUUUUCACCGGCUAUGCUGCCACCAUUUAGUGAUCAAAAUAACAUGAUUAUUCAUGCAUCAGAACUUGAUUCAAUGAUGAAACUAAUAACGAGCGAAGAUGAUAACGACCACUGUGAUCAUGAGAGCUUCAAUCUUCAACUUGCAUAGCCAACUUAUUGCUUUCCACAUGAGAAACAACAGCCACCGGAACGGUCGCUCUUUAUCGAAACUUAGUUGAAGUAUUUGUCCUUUUUUAAAAUGUUAAGAGUGUGAGCAUAAACG